GUCAGAAUAUAUUUUGACAAACCAAACAACGGUACCUGUAAACGAAUGUUUGUUUUUAACCGUAAUUUAUUUAUUUAAACUAAUAAAAUGUCAUACUCUGUGAAUAUAUCAGUGGAAGCACCCAUAGAAAAUCAAAUACAAGAAAUCACCUACGAUGGCACUGAAAUAUAUCAACCUCCUCUCACAUUAUCCGAAAGCCUCGCAAAAUUUGCCCAAAAGAUAGACUUCAGUAAAACUGGUGAAGUUGACAUUAAAAAGGAAUCCGGGGAUUUAAUUGAUGAUAACAAGUCAGACUCUGACAGCAAAGACGCUUUUCAGUCGAGUUUGUGGCCAUGGGAUUCCGCAAGAAAUAAACUGCGGAACGCUUUCCAAGAAGUAUGUGUUUUAGCAGACGUGUUAGCUAUAGCUAAAGACAAACGGUAUAUGGUUCUUGACCCAGUGCCACAAGAUCCAAUCGAGACCAAGCCAAUGGUACAAAUUUAUGCUCGUAAGAAAGCUCUUGCUGGAGCAGCUAGUGUUUUGCUUACUGGCGCUGAAAGACUGAAAACUUCUCAAAAUGAGGCUGCUAGAAACAGGGCAGUUCCUGAUUUUCAUAUUGAAUUAUUACGAUUAAGACAAAACUGGAGAUUGAAAAAGGUGUCCAAUACUAUCAUUGGUGAUCUCAGUUAUCGUACUGCGGGGUCUAAGUUUACGCAGACAGGAACUUUUGAAGUUACAAAAGCUGAAGAUGAUGAAAAAACUAAUAGUCCACCAAGCAGCCCUGUCCCUGGUGGAGCUACUCCUAGUAAAACUAAUUCAGCAUUGAGAGUAUCAAUUCCAUCAGAAUUGCAGGGCGUUGCUUACAUUGAAGUAUUGUGUCAGAAAGAUCAAGAGGAUCUUUGCAGUGUUAAUGUUAAUUUACUGGGGUCUGGUCCUCCUGCAUCAAAUCCUGAUAUGCACUGGCAACAAAAACUAGAAGCUGCACAAAAUGUUUUAUUUUGUAAGGAACUUUUUAAUCAACUGGCUAAAGAAGCUGUUCAACUACAGGCUCCUAUUCCUCACAUGGUUGUCGGAAAUCAGAUUAUGGCCACGGUUUUUCCAGGAAUUCAAUUAAUAAUAGGUUUAUGUCAUUCAACAACUGGCGAUAAAAAGCCCGCAAAUGCAGCAACGUCAAAAACUGAUCAUGAUCACGUACUUGAACACUCACUCCAUCAGUUGCUUAGAGAAGUACAUCAUAGAAAUACACAUCAUCCAUUUCCCCAUCCUGCAACAGGACCUCUUGGACCUUCAAAGAAACGAAUGCUUGCAGGUCCAAUGGCUGCUGAUAGAUACGAAUUACUUGAAAUGACAAAAUCUGAAACUCUCCUAGAACAAAUAAUUAAACAAGCCCAGCAUUUCUUUAUGAGACUGCGCACUGAAUACGUCUUAGAUACCAUAGCAAAAGAAGUAAAAGACCCUCUCAUAAGCUCCCACUGGAACACAUUAAACAGCCCAACUCAGUCCUGUGUGAAAAUUAACAUAUCCACUCAUGGCUAUGACGCUCUCUGCAGAACUCCUUUAGUCAUCCAUGUAGGUGAAAAAAGCUUGAAAUGUAUUUGUAGAGAUGGUAAAGUAAUGCACAUGAGUUAUGAGCCACAAGAAUUAAGAGAUCUAAUUUUUUGUCACAUUAAUCAACAUCAAAUUUUAGCGGUUCAAGCUUUGGCCAAAACAAUGGGUUGGCAAUUUUUAGCUAAUUCAAAUCAUUUAGGUACAGGGGCUGUUGAACCCUUAGGUAAUGCAAGCUCAUGUCUGCUAGCUUCACCUACAGGUGACAGAAUAAUUGCUGUAAGAUGUGAACCACAAAGUGGAAUUCAAGUUUCUGUGGCACACUCGCCUAGAAGCGACUUUUUCCCUAGUAGAUUAGUAACUGAAAGAAAGUGGGAACACUUGGGUGGGCAGUUUAGGGACGUUAGACUGGAAAAAAUGGAAGGUAGGAAUUUUUUACAUAAAAUGGAGUUGCUUAUGGCUAGUUUAACCAGUAGUUCAUAGGUUUAAAGUUUUUAUUUUGUACAUACCAUAUGUAAUAAGAAAAUUACUUAAUAUAUAUAUACAUAUAUAUGAUCUUAAAAUUAUAAGUUUCCAUCUGUUUGUUGACUUCAGUAUUUUGUAAAUAAUAAACAUCAUGUUCAGCAGAUUUUAACAAAUCAAGCAAAUGUUUUAUAAUAUUCCCUGUAAAAUGGCUACUUAAUGCAUGAGGAUAAAAAUUA